GAAUAGUUACUUCUGGUCUUUUUUUAUCCCCGGACACCAGACGGAGAUAUACACAAACAUUUUGCUUGAAGACAUAAUGUGGACCGAUGAUUAACAAAGCAGCUGGACAGUGUUGGUAACACAAACAAACUAGUAAUGUGAGCAUUUCAAUUUGAUUAAGACUGACAAGAAGAUGAUUUUUCAGCAGCUAUGCGUCUUGUAGUUUUACGGUUCCUGGCUGGAUAUUUUGGAGCUCUAAGCUCAUUGUUCGUCCUGGGAUCUCUUGUGUCCGAUUACUGGCUUAUGGUAUUUGAAUCUUGUGAUCAUGCGGCUUUUUUCAGAGUUACAGAGGAUAUCUCUCAGACACAAUCAAGCAUUCAGGCUGAAAAUACCCUGUUCUACCAUGAGGGCCUCUUUUGGAGAUGUUCCUAUAGCGGUACAAAUGGAGAGCAGGACAACAUGCUGGCUUUUUGGAUCACCAAUCCGCCAUCCCAGAAGGUUUGCAUGCCAGCCUACUUGUCUCAUGCUCCCAUUUCAGGACUUCCAAAGAUUCGAAUCUCUGACUCUGUUACAGUGCAAAGGGCCUUUUGGUGCGUUAUAUUUGUUCUGGGAGUCCUUUUUGUGAUGAUUGGUGGGUUUGUCACAAUCUGUGCAACUGCAGGGACCAGCCAUCGCCUUUAUGAGGCUGGAGGGGCUCUGUUUAUAACUGGAGGUGUCUUAAUCAUGUUGGUAGUGCUGUUGUUUGCUGUGUGGGUUCAGGUCUCGGAAUCUUUAGAGUGGUACGGCCUCCAGCGCAGACACAUAGUGUGUCCUCAUCUCUAUCUCAGUGUGCACUAUGGACCGUCUUUUAUGCUGGCUCCCACUGCUGCCUUCCUCUGCUUGCUCACUGGCCUACUUCUCCUGCUCCUUCCAUCAGUCAGCAGAUCAUCAGCCAGGGACACAGAGAAUCAGCCAUUCUCACUGCGAGAGGAAUGUGUGUAGUGUUUUUGUGUAAACAUGACAAUGAUUCUUUCCCAAUUCACCCAUAAAACUGAUAAUUAUGAAUCUGUCAU